GACAGAGAAUCGGUGGAAACGCUGCUCCGGGAGCACGCCUUCCGUCACUCGCCAUUCCGGGCCCUAAUUGGCGCCGACUUAUCCCCACACGAUCAACAAGCGCUGGCCAACGCUGCAGCUAUGGGACGGAUACCCUGUGGUCAGGAUUUUUUACUGAUGGCCAGUCAGGCGGCGUUGGCCGCCCAGUGGGGUAAACUCGGGCCAAACUCAGCCGGUGGUGGUCCGCACCCGGGGGCCGGGGGUAUGCCUCCCACACCAUAUCCUACCAACCAAUCCAUAAACAACUUAAAUCUGGCCGAACUCUCAUCAAUGAUGGCCAGCAAUCCGGCGGCGAUGGCCAGCCUAUACUUCGGCAACAUUCCCAGACAAUUCAUGGCCGCACCGGGCUUUCCAAUGAUGGGCCCGAGUCCGCCCACAUCCCAGGCCGGGCCACCACUCCCGCCCACAUCUACAGCCGUCCCGACCUCACAACAACAGCAACAACAGUCCCAACAGUCUCUGUCGCCCCACCACUCGCUGAAUAGCCCUCCAGGCGGUGGUGGGACCGGUGGUCACUCUACUCCCGUCAGUAUGGCUGGCAUACAUCCCGCGUUUAUGGUGCCCACAAGUAUGGGCCCGAUGUCUGUGCCCGGCUUUCCCGGUGCGGGCGGUGUUGUUGGCGGUGGUAUACACCCGGCGGCGGCCGCCUCAGCCCUAUACGCCUCCCGUAUGCAACUCAACCAUUUGUAUCAGAAUUUGAAUAAAUUUCACCCCUAUUUGCAAACACCCGGCAAUCGGUUUGUGUCACAGUUUGGUGUGAGUGGUAGUAAUGUGUAUUUCGAUGAGGAAAGGGAACCUUAUGGGGGAAGGGAUGGGGAAUGGAUGGCAAUAUACCCAUUGGUGAGCACAGCUUGUAUACCCCCAUAUGUACUGUACACUGUGCUACUCAAC